UCUACAUGUGUUGUUUAGAUGUUUCCAAACAAGUUCAAAGAAGAAGUCAGUUUCUUUGCGCCGAAAAGGAACUUUUCCUCGACGGAAUCAACCACUUCGAAGGGCUGUCGGUGCGGGAAUGCGCAGGUUCGAUGAAAAACGAUGUGACAGUAUCGCGUUCCCGGAGCAUCGAAAAUGUACUCGCAAGAUGAGUGAAAAAUCACCGCUGUCAUCCCAAUUUCUCGUAACGAGGGUGAAAAGGUUCCGACAAAUAAAGUCUCACGCGUGCGACGGAAAAGUUUCUUCCUUCACAGUGGCUAGUCGUAAAAAUGUUGCAAUUAAAUGAAUUUUUGUGUUUGGGUGAAGAAAUCGUUAGCGAUGAGUGGAAAAACAUGGCACAGGAGGAAUAAAACCGUAAUUAGAAUAGAAGACCUGGUUUUGGUCCGAGCGCUGGAAUAGAAGUUGGGAGGGAAUAAGGAGUUCAUUUGCAUCCCAAUUAGUAAAUGAGUGAUAAAGUUCCGCCGCCGGAAGAGAUCCCGCGCGAGUCAUUCGCUGGAUUAUGUCUGAGAUUUGUGGUUAGACCUUAUUAAUUUGGCUCGUUGAAGUAAUGUUAUGCCUUUAGACUUGGGAUGCCAAACCUAGAAGUAACGCAUUUCUUUCGAUUCCAACAAUUAGUGACAUUUGAGAAACUUGAUCUACAUGGGAACAGUUUUAAUUGUGCAUAUAUAGACAAAUUGGUUGAUUUCUUGGAAUUCUAAAGUUUCAGAUGAAUAACGGCUUCCAACGCACGAAGACCAAACCUAAAAUAAUACGGCAUUAGCCCGCGAGUUACUACCCGGCGUUACAUAUUUCACACGCUCACCAGAGCGCUGUUGCUGGCUGCUGAAUGUACACUUCGCCACAUUCUCAAUUGAGAAAUGGGGAAAACGAGUGUAUGGUCGAUGUGUACAGAAUACAUUAUCUGCUGGGUGUGAAUGUGGUGGAUUUUUAGUACUAACAAUAAAGUGCAAAAAGAGUAGUUCUAAAAUUACCAAGCAGCUGAGUGCGAGUGGAUCCCCCCGAGGAUAACCCGCGAGCGCUCCAAGCGGUUAUUGUUGAUAUCCGUCUGAGGCAUUAAUUUGACUCAACUCGCCCUACUAUAUGUAGAUUACGAUAAAUAGUGAAUAUUGGCGCAACUUUUUGUUUGAUUUGUGGCAAACUGCAGUGAGUGAGUGUUUUGCGGUACAGCAUACAUGGACGAGCCGCCAUUCCGGUUGACACAUGUCGGUUUGCGUGUCGUCUGCUCUACACCAAGCGACGAGCCUUACAGUAGCCGGAAUAUCCUGUAGUGCAGUUCCCAGUGGCGGCAGUCGCAUGUCUCUUUCGCACAUGUCACUGUCAUCGUCGAUGAUGCAGCCACUGGCCGCCCAUCCGUUGGCACCGUCUAUGUUGAACAUGCCGGGAAUUGAACAACCACAGAACACGUCGGCCAUGGCCCAACAACAACCGCAGCUUCACAAUCAUCUUCGUCACCUCCACACCCACCAGGCGUCGCUUGCUAAUGGAAGCACAGGAAGCGACGCGGCCGAGCACCCCAACCCGGAUAUGCUGCUGGCGUUAAUAGCGCGAAACAAGGCACUCGAAGCCACCAUCCCGAAGUGCGGCGGGUGCCACGAACUGAUUCUGGACAGAUUCAUCCUGAAAGUGGCCGACCGAACGUGGCACGCCAAAUGCCUUCAAUGUACCGAGUGUCACGGGCAGCUGAACGAAAAGUGCUUCGCUCGGAAUGGUCAAUUAUUCUGUAAGGAUGACUUCUUCAAGUCCCACAGGAGAUACGGUACCAAAUGUGUGGCCUGCGAUCUAGGAAUUCCUCCCACGCAAGUGGUCCGACGGGCGCAGGACAAUGUGUACCAUUUGCAGUGCUUCAUGUGCUCGAUGUGUUCCCGCCAACUCAACACGGGCGAUGAGUUUUACCUUAUGGAAGAAGGCAAGCUAGUUUGUAAACCGGACUAUGAGGCAGCCAAAGCGAAGGGUUUAUAUCUCUCGGAUGGAUCGUUAGACGGUGAAUCAUCCAACAAGCGUCCUCGCACAACAAUUACCGCAAAACAGCUGGAAACACUGAAGAGCGCUUACAACAGUAGUCCAAAGCCAGCACGACACGUUCGUGAGCAGUUGUCCCAAGACACCGGACUGGAUAUGCGAGUUGUGCAAGUGUGGUUCCAGAAUAGACGAGCCAAAGAGAAACGACUGAAAAAGGAUGCCGGCCGAACCCGAUGGAGUCAAUACUUCCGUUCGAUGAAAGGCGGCAGCUCGCCAAGUAGACACGAUAAGCUGUUAGAUAAGGAUGAAUUGAAAAUUGAUCUAGAUAGUUUUAGUCAUCAUGAUCUUAGCAACGAUAGCUAUAGCACUUCAAAUAUGGGCCUGGAGGAUGGUGCUUCCCCGCAUAGUGGCCGAGGGUCUUACAUCCUUGGCGGUAGUCCUCCUCCCUAUUUAUCUAGUCAUUCUCCUCCGCCCAUGGGACCCGGUCACCACUAUGGUUCCUACCCGGACAAUAUUGUCUAUACACCACUAGGUCAACCAGUCAGCUCGAUGCACCAUGGAGCUCCCCGAGGUCCCCACGGACUGCACGGUAGUGGUGUUUCCGACUUGAGCAACGAUUCUAGUCCAGCCAACAAUGGCUAUCCCGAUUUUCCGCCCAGUCCCGACUCUUGGCUUGGUGAAUCAUGCCCACCGAAUGGGACCGCAUCGGUUCAGCAACAGCAGCAGCAGCAGUCACAUCAAACUGCCCAACCACCACCGCAAACCAACGGCAAUCCUGUGUUACACUAUUGAUGCAGCACGUAAUGCAGGUAUUAAGGGUAGUCCGGUGGAACACCAGAAUAAGUGAUGAGAGGUCCUUUUUGUUUCUGCUAGGUUAGAUUAAUUUAGGGUAUUAGAAGUAAGAAAAAAAGCGUUCUGGAUGCGAGAGUAAUCUUUGAAGAGGCGAUGCGAAUCUUUAUGUUUUAAUUUCGCUCAACAUUCCAAAACAUCAACAAUAUAGUGAUAUAAGCAAGUACGUAUCUAUACAAACUUUUCCAAUAAUUGUGACAUUUUUAAUUGGGAUCAAUCAAAUGGGAUGAGAUAUGUUCCGUCUGUGUAUAGCUGUAACGAUGUGAGAUUUUCUAGUGUUUAAACCGUGACUUCUAAGACUCGGGACAUCGAUUGUAAAGUCAUGGAUUGGCUUCAAAUUCAUUGAUAACAGAAAAUACUCCGAUAUGCAAGGCUAUUGUUAGUGAAAAAUCGUAGAAACUGGGCCGACUAAAUUUUUUUUUUAAAUGAAGGGAGUUGAAAAUCAUGAAACUUUUAUGAAUUCUAAAUUGAAUUUAAUCAUUUUUUAUUUGAAAUAUGUUCGAAAUUGCGAAUGUAAUUGAAAUCAGGCUUUAAUUCUGCAAAAGUUUUUAUCAUAUUUGCUCAUACUAUUAUUAUGAAACCGAGCUUACUUUCGAUUGAAUAUUUGUACCAUAAAAAAUAUCGUUGAUUACAAACUAAAAAAAAAGAUGAAGUUUCAUUUUGAACUGGCUCAUAUUUGUUAUGAUGAAAUGAGAUUGAGUUUUUCCUGAAGUGAAACGUUUAGUGAAUUUUCACUGAAAUGCGCUUGAAUCAUUUAAUUAUUUUGAAUUACACUAAAUUGGUUGAAACUUGGUCUCCUUUUUCAGAUGUGCUUCGUCUCCUUGUGCAGAUGUGGUUCGUUAAUUUUUAUUGCUCUCGCUAAAAUAAAGUAUAACAUAAUAUUUACUUUAAACAUUUUUUCUUAACGUGGAGGCGAUCUGGCGUAGUGCUAACAUCCAUACCUCUCACGCAGAGAUCACGAGUUCAAUUCUCACUCCCGACAUUCUUCCAAAAAUGGAAGUAAAAGUGACGAACCAGCCAAAAUGUGUUUUUCUAAACUAUAAUUUUACUUGAGAUUUUUAUUCGGUUGAAACUCACUUAUCUUCUACAGAACAUAGUUCUAUUUUUUUCAAAAUUUUACUGAAAAUUGAAGAAAAUUACAUUGAUAGUUCCAUGAAGUUUAACACUCCGAACCCAAGUAUACAAUAGCCUAGCCUAGCCAACUCUUGAUAUAUUCAAAUAUUUCUGGUUUCAAAGCCCAUUUUAACAGCUCAUUUUUAAAUCACUCCAACAAAGUUUCCUUCUUUCUUUCUUUCUUUAUGGUGAAUUUAAGUCAUUCGAUUCACUCGCCCCCGAGUUGACCACACAGAAAAUUUUUGGAUUUCACAAUCGUUCUGAAGAUCAUCAGAUCACUACUUUCGAGUCAACAACGAUUGAUGAAUUGAAGAAACGGAAUAUGUCCAAAUAGGUGUAUAAACGAUUGUUGCAUUGAUUAUAAUAUCAGCAGUAAUGACAUUAUUUUACAGUAAUAAUGUGACGAGAUCAGAAAAUCCGGUUUCGCUUUUUUCAACCUGACCGAACUAACACGAUCAUUAAGAUCAUCAUUCUGGUGAAGUUCGCACUAACGUUCCCAGCGGAACUUAUUUCGCUCAACGUAGAUGAUGCUAAAUAACACGCCUUAAAUUCAUUCUGAGUGGUAAGCUCUAGAAUGCGCGUAACCACGGUGCAAGUCGGUGCAAGUAAAAAUCCAUGACCAGUUAGUUCAGUUGCCUUGUUGGUUUCCCACUGAUAACUUCCGUUCUUGCGAAAGGUAAUACACUCGACAAAAAUUAUAAGAACAAUGAGCGUCAUCGAAACACUUUUAUUUCGUUAAAGAUAAAAUAUACAACAUUUCAAAGCUACUAUUUAUCUUCUUUGUGGAUACAUUAUGUUGCAAAAAACUUUGGAAAAAGGGGAAAUAAGACAUACAUUCGUCAUUUUUCCAGUGUUAUUCCCGAUGUCUGGGCAUAACUGGAGAGACGUAGGACUACAUAAUUCGAAUAACUUAUUGAAUAGCCAAGUAGUUUUCAGUAUCUUUUAGCAAAAUCACAUCUUCAACGUUCCCAAAAAACAUAAUUUGCGAAGAAAUAACCCACAGAACCAGUCAGGAAACAGAAAUUAGUUCGUGUAAAAUUUCGCCAGUGGAAUUUAAGAGUUUAAGUCGGAAAAUUUGGGAAAAUUCUAUACUUUCGUCAGCUCAAUUCAUCUAAGAUUAUGUUCUAUGUAUUUUGUGAGACGGUAGCUGAUUUUGUUGCUUAUAUCAAUACUCGAAAACUUUGUUUUGAAAUAUUGUGUCUAUUCGGGGUAAUACCGACACCUUCAGUCAGGGUAAAACCGCCACCUGGUUUUUGUUUCACUGGCAUGAAGAAUGUGUUCCUACUUUUUGUAGAUGUCUCGUGUUUAUAUUUGAAAGACAAAACGGCAGAACUGGACUAACAAAACAGCCUAAACCAACAUUGAACAGGUCAUGUCAACGAAAAAGCCUGGCAGAGCUCAUGGCUCAAUCUUGAGAACCUGCUUGAUCUUGAGAACCGUCUGGCUUCUGAAUUGGACAGAAAAAACAACGUGAAUCACGCUUACAAUACGAACAUAAGUGCUGGCUCAGAUUUCUAGACCGGAAUCAGAACCAUUAGCAGCGAGAGCUGUGGGGCUCAAUAAUACAUCAGUGAACAGCUUUUUCAGCUUUUGCGUUUAAAACACAUGAAUUUAAUUGCUUUUUUAUCAUUCAAAAUCUGAGCAAUUGAAUUACAAAAGAAUUAAUUUACAUUACAUUUGCAAGUAUCACCCCUCUUCCCUCUUAAAGUAUCCAAAUAGUAUAGCCUCUUAAUACUUUCAAAUUCUUGUAACAAUGUGCCUGUUUUACCCGACAGGGUGUCGAUCUCACCCGUACCCCCAUUUAUUUCUCCUAAAAACAUCAAUUUUUGUAUUCUACCAAGUUUGAGUUAUACUCAAAAAAAUGAUCAACAGAUACUAUAGAAUAAUUCAUGAAUAGUUGAAGAGAGGUUCUGUUACGAUUUGAAGUCGCUGUGAAGCGUGAAUGCAGAAGGAAUAAGCCUUACAGAAAAUGUUGUGAACCGGAAUUUCCAUUGCGACCGCACACGUUUGUUUUCCGGACUUGUUCUUUUUCCGAUGCCAUUUUCGACUAAGCGCAUGUUAUCAGUUAUCACGACUCAAGGCAAAAUUUCAGUUCAAUCGGACCUUAUUUACUAGGAGGAGUACCUGAAAUCGAAGAUUUCUGAAAAAAAUGUGGAUGCCAAAUAUCUUUGAAUUGCAUGAAAAGUCGAGAUCUCGAAACAAAAUUGUCAAAAAUCUAAACUCUGAGGCGUUUUUUCGGAAUACGUGAUAAAACGUAUGGUUUGAGAUGCCAAUAAAAAUGGUCAUCUCGAAUUUUCAAACGGAACUUCCUGCAAAAUGUAUGUUUGCACGAUAAUCCUCAUUUUGUUUUCGAACUGGACUUUGUCCAACUCGACUUAUCGUUAACAGAACGUACGUUAACUGGGCUGCGACGUCACGUCGACGUCAUCUUUAAUUUAAAGUAUUGCUUUUGCUGUUUUGCAGUCCAGUUAGCGUUUUAAAUUUGGGUUAAUUUUUCAGCCCAAUUGACGAACGGUCACUGUAUGGGUGACACUUUCAUCGUUGCUUUAAUGAAAUCUUGCAUGGAAUUUAAGGGAUGCAUGAAAUCUUGCAUCUGAUAACUUCAACAUGUUUGCGUUCGAAAAAGGUCUUCCUCGAACGGAUUCGUACGAAAACAAGAAUAUAUACCGUGUUGCUUCGAUGACCACCAAACGAGAAGUGGUGUGAAUUCAACGAACGAACGUGAUGAAUCAUAGAGGCUUUAAACUUUUCAGUUUGCCUCUGUGUGAAUUCGAAUCCCGGAUGGCUUAUUUAUGCCAAACAAGUGUAAAACGGACAGAAACGAAUGUAUUAGUUGCUCGUUUUUGAGAAGAGUUAGCACACAAAUCGGCAGAACAAAUGUAUGGGAAAAGAGGAAUUCUUCCAGUUUUCAUUAUUUUAAGCCAUUUAGGGAAUUGGGAAUCGUAAUAUAUAGCAUAUCAAACAAAUAUUAGAGAAUUUCCGAUUCGAUUGGUAUGAAAAUCAUUAGAAUUCGUUCGCUGUGGAAAUAGUAAUUAACGUUAACUUUAUUUCAUAAAAACGUGACCUGUUUUCUGAUUUGGCACCCUUCCUGAAAGACGUAGUUCUAAGUCAAAAAAUGAUACCAAAUGUCUUAUCUCGAAAAUAUUUUCCUGACUUAUGGAACUUGGUCGGUUUUUCGUCUCAAAAAGUCGAUUUUUGACAAAAAAAAGUUUGAAAUAACAGAAGAAUUUUUUCUUCUGUUAUUUCAAAUUUUUUGUCAAAAAUCGACUUUUGCUUUGCUUUGCGACUCAUUGUGCUUUUUUCCGUGUGGCUUUAUACCCAUAAGAUUUUUUGCGCAUGAGAAUAUUUUUAGUAGACUUUUUUGACAUUACGCUUUUUUCUCUGCGGUUAUUACGGUUACGGUUACGAAUUGCUCGUCUCGUUUUUUGGAAUAGGGCCCUAUAUUGGGAUAAAUUUUCGUACUCCGGACACAAGAUUUUCCAGUAAUAUACAUGACAAGCACGGGUUCACGGUCAACAUUUGCGUCGGCGCGUAAGACGAUUUCUGACUUCUGGUCGUGACAUCUAUCGAUUCACGGCCCUCCCUGAACCGCUAUCACCAAUCAAAGACACGUGUUUGCGACAUACCACAUUUCCAUAAACAACCUGUAAUUUUUGGAAGAAUGCUAAUGGUUUCUCGCGUGCUUUCACCAAAAAUUGAACCACAUCACAGUGCUAGUAAAACGAGUAACCCAUUUUUAAAAACAAAAUAAAAAAUUAACUCUCGAAAACCAUACCUAGUCACCGAGCAUUUGAUGGAACAUGAGCCAAUUGUAAAAAUUCGUUGUUAACCCCUUCCCGUAUUAUUUAUUACGUCACACAUCAAGUGAUUUCACUAGCCUGCUGGGUGUUCUAGCGUCCUAUGUUAUGCAAGUACACCACGACUGAGACUCGAUGUUGUACGGGAAAGGGUUAAAUAUAAAAUCAUAAAUUUUUUUCACAAAUUCAACAUUAACGCAAAUCCUCAAUGAUUACGAACUCGCAUUCAGAACACAAAACUACGUAAAUCCAAAAACAAAUUCUGUGGUUUCCUAGUGACACUAGUUCAAAGAACGCACUUCACCAAACAUUCCCCAGGCGGAGCCACCAAAUCGAGUAGCAUUUAGUUCAUCAUUCAUCAAAAUUUAUUUCACCAAUCAAACAACAAACUUUAACAAAAUUCACACUGCGUAACGCAGCGUAAAAUCGAGCUAGUCCAAAAAUCUAAUCUAAGUGGUGUAUAUUAGAACAGAAAUAUAUUGCUAGUCAGGCGAUGGGAAGCAGGCAUGUCGGAGCAAGCAAACAAAAAAGUACUACACAACCAAUGAGUUUCACUAUCAAAUAGCUCCUUCACACCUAUAUUUCACGAGUGCGGUACACUAGAGAACAUUGAUGAGUUCCUUACGAAAACAAAAAGCUGUAUAAACUAAGCAUGUAGUGAGUUUCCUAAGUCGUUUGUUUUACACAUUAGGUUCUUCAAACUUGUUCUAGGUUUGUUUCUGAAUCCCUUGCAAGCGAAAAAGCGCUAAUCAAAAGCUCCAUGGAAAAAAAUAAUAGUACUGUUAGGAAAGCGAUAUGAAAGAAAUCUAUAAGUGUUUGUAAAAAUUUUCUUUUCCCUACGUAAUCCGGUAGCGAUCGAAGGUUGUACAUAUAAGGCUUAAAAGAACAUUUAUCGUAGCAUUUGAGUAGUGAGGAAACAACAACCUUAUACAACACAACACUUAACCGAUUGUGUAGAUCUAUUGUGUAUAUAUAUUUAUUUAAUUUAUUGCUAAAUCAAGAGAACGAAAAC